CCCUGUGCCCGGGCCUUUCCGUCCUUGGAGCGGAUCGUUGCCCGCCGGGCGUCCGCCUGCAGCGACAGCAGCCGCUGGAGCCGAGGCCGCGGCGUCGGCCGUGCCCAGGACCUGGUGUCCGUGCUCGGCCACUUCCCCGCUGCAGCUCCCUCCACUACACCUCACCCAGGCACUGGGACCUCGGGUGGCUGCCUGCCCCUAGCUGAGGCCGCACCUGUGAAGAGGUCGGGCACCCUGUCCUCCCGGCACGACAGGCGGGAUGGGCGACAUGGCCAACAGUUCCAUCGAGUUUCACCCCAAGCCCCAGCAGCAGCGGGAGGCCCCCCAUGCGGGCGGCUUUGGGUGCACACUGGCUGAGUUGCGUUCCCUCAUGGAGCUCCGAGGGGCUGAGGCGCUGCAGAAGGUCCAGGAAGCCUACGGGGACGUCAGUGGGCUUUGCAGGAGGCUGAAGACCUCGCCCACAGAGGGCCUGGCCAACAAUGCCAAUGACUUGGAGAAACGCAGGCAGAUCUAUGGGCAGAACUUCAUCCCUCCCAAGCAGCCCAAGACCUUCCUGCAACUGGUGUGGGAGGCCCUGCAGGAUGUGACGCUAAUCAUCCUGGAGGUAGCUGCCAUCGUCUCCCUGGGCCUUUCAUUCUAUGCACCGCCCGGAGAGGAGAGCGAAGCAUGCGGGAACGUGUCAGCUGGGGCAGAAGACGAAGGGGAGGCCGAGGCAGGCUGGAUCGAGGGAGCCGCCAUCCUGUUGUCGGUCACCUGCGUGGUGCUGGUCACGGCCUUCAAUGACUGGAGCAAGGAGAGGCAGUUCCGGGGCCUGCAGAGCCGCAUCGAACAGGAACAGAGGUUCUCCGUCAUCCGGGACGGCCAGCUGCUGCAGGUUCCAGUGGCCGCACUGGUGGUGGGCGACAUCGCACAGGUCAAGUACGGAGACCUGCUACCUGCUGAUGGCGUGCUCAUCCAAGGCAAUGACCUCAAGAUUGAUGAGAGCUCCCUGACAGGCGAGUCGGACCACGUGCGCAAAUCAGCUGACAAAGACCCCAUGCUGCUCUCAGGUACCCAUGUCAUGGAAGGUUCUGGAAGAAUGGUGGUGACUGCUGUUGGUGUCAACUCCCAGACAGGAAUCAUCUUUACCUUGCUUGGAGCUGGUGGGGAGGAAGAGGAGAAGAAGGAUAAGAAAGGCAAGCAGCAGGAUGGGGCGAUGGAGAGUAGCCAGACCAAAGCCAAGAAGCAGGACGGGGCAGUUGCCAUGGAAAUGCAGCCCCUGAAGAGUGCGGAGGGUGGGGAGACUGAGGAACGGGAGAAGAAGAAAGCCAGCGUGCCCAAGAAGGAGAAGUCGGUCCUGCAGGGCAAGCUCACCAAACUGGCCGUGCAGAUCGGGAAAGCAGGGCUGGUGAUGUCUGCCAUCACCGUCAUCAUCCUGGUCCUCUACUUUGUGAUUGAGACCUUCGUCGUGGACGGCCGGGUGUGGCUGGCGGAGUGCACGCCCGUCUACGUGCAGUACUUUGUGAAGUUCUUCAUCAUCGGUGUCACUGUACUGGUUGUGGCCGUCCCGGAGGGCCUGCCUCUUGCUGUCACCAUCUCCUUAGCCUACUCUGUCAAGAAAAUGAUGAGGGACAACAACCUGGUCCGCCACCUGGAUGCCUGCGAGACCAUGGGCAAUGCCACAGCCAUCUGCUCAGACAAGACGGGCACGCUCACCACCAACCGUAUGACCGUGGUCCAGUCCUACCUCGGGGACACCCACUACAAAGAGGUUCCGGCCCCCAGCACCCUGACCCCCAAGAUCCUCGACCUCCUGGUCCACGCCAUCUCCAUCAACAGUGCCUACACCACCAAAAUACUACCUCCAGAGAAGGAAGGCGCUCUCCCACGCCAAGUGGGAAACAAGACGGAGUGUGCUCUGCUGGGCUUUGUCCUGGACCUGAAGCGGGACUUCCAGCCUGUGCGGGAGCAGAUUCCAGAAGAUAAGCUUUACAAAGUGUACACCUUCAACUCGGUCCGCAAGUCCAUGAGCACAGUCAUCCGCAUGCCUGACGGCGGCUUCCGCCUCUUCAGCAAGGGCGCCUCGGAGAUCCUGCUGAAAAAGUGCACCAACAUCUUAAACAGCAACGGGGAGCCGCGCGGCUUCCGCCCUCGGGACCGGGACGACAUGGUGAAGAAGAUCAUUGAGCCCAUGGCUUGCGAUGGCCUCCGCACCAUAUGUAUUGCCUACCGGGACUUUCCCGCAGCUCAGGAGCCCGACUGGGACAAUGAGAACGAGGUCGUGGGCGACCUCACCUGCAUAGCCGUCGUGGGCAUCGAGGACCCCGUGCGGCCCGAGGUUCCUGAAGCUAUCCGCAAAUGCCAGCGUGCCGGCAUCACAGUCCGCAUGGUGACCGGGGACAACAUCAACACGGCCCGGGCCAUCGCGGCCAAGUGUGGCAUCAUCCAGCCCGGGGAGGACUUCUUGUGCCUGGAGGGAAAGGAGUUCAACAGGCGGAUCCGCAACGAGAAAGGCGAGAUAGAACAGGAGCGUCUGGACAAGGUGUGGCCCAAGCUGAGGGUCCUCGCCCGAUCGUCUCCCACCGACAAGCACACUCUGGUCAAAGGGAUCAUCGACAGCAGCACUGGCGAGCAGCGGCAGGUGGUGGCCGUGACCGGGGACGGCACCAACGAUGGGCCAGCCCUCAAAAAGGCAGAUGUGGGCUUUGCCAUGGGCAUUGCGGGGACUGAUGUGGCCAAGGAGGCCUCAGACAUCAUCCUGACCGAUGACAACUUCACCAGCAUCGUCAAGGCGGUCAUGUGGGGCCGGAACGUCUACGACAGCAUCUCCAAGUUCCUGCAGUUCCAGCUGACAGUCAACGUGGUGGCCGUGAUCGUGGCCUUCACGGGGGCCUGCAUUACUCAGGACUCUCCUCUCAAAGCUGUGCAGAUGUUGUGGGUGAAUUUGAUCAUGGACACAUUUGCCUCUCUGGCCCUGGCGACAGAGCCACCCACUGAGUCACUGCUGCUACGGAAACCAUACGGCCGGGACAAGCCCCUGAUCUCCCGCACCAUGAUGAAGAAUAUCCUGGGCCACGCGGUCUACCAGCUCACCAUCAUCUUCACGCUGCUGUUCGUUGGGGAGCUCUUCUUCGACAUCGACAGUGGGAGGAACGCACCCCUGCACUCUCCACCAUCAGAGCACUACACCAUCAUCUUCAACACCUUCGUCAUGAUGCAGCUUUUCAACGAGAUCAACGCCCGCAAGAUUCACGGCGAGCGAAACGUCUUCCACGGCAUCUUCAGCAACCCCAUCUUCUGUACCAUCGUCCUGGGCACCUUUGCAAUUCAGAUUGUCAUCGUCCAGUUCGGCGGAAAGCCCUUCAGCUGCUGCCCCCUGUCCACGGAGCAGUGGCUCUGGUGCCUGUUCGUUGGCGUUGGGGAGCUGGUCUGGGGACAGGUCAUCGCCACCAUCCCCACCAGCCAGCUCAAGUGCCUGAAGGAAGCAGGGCACGGGCCAGGAAAGGAUGAGAUGACCGAUGAAGAGCUGGCCGAGGGGGAGGAAGAGAUCGACCAUGCCGAGCGGGAGCUCCGCAGAGGCCAGAUCCUCUGGUUCCGGGGCCUCAAUCGGAUUCAGACGCAGAUGGAGGUAGUGAGUACCUUCAAGAGAAGCGGUUCAUUUCAGGGUGCUGUGCGCCGGCGGUCUUCAGUCCUCAGCCAGCUCCAUGACGUAACCAAUCUUUCUACCCCUACUCACAUCCGGGUGGUGAAAGCGUUCCGUAGCUCACUCUAUGAAGGCCUGGAGAAACCGGAAUCCAAGACCUCCAUUCAUAACUUCAUGGCGACGCCCGAGUUUCUGAUCAAUGACUACACCCACAACAUCCCACUCAUCGAUGACACGGACGUGGACGAGAACGAGGAGCGCCUGCGGGCCCCCCCGCCCCCGUCCCCCAACCAGAACAACAACGCCAUAGACAGCGGCAUCUACCUGACCACGCACGGCACCAAGUCAGCUACCUCGUCAGUGUUUUCUUCCAGACCUGGGAGCCCGCUCCACAGCGUGGAGACGUCCCUCUAGGGGACCCCGCUCUCAGCACGCGCACGCCACACGCACGCGCGCUCGGGCGGGAUGGCGCAGGCCUGCAAGGAGGAUGGUGCCCCGACGGCGCUUGCGGGAAGCCGAUCCAUCCAAGGCUUCCUACCCGGGACUGAAGACGAGGAGGGAGAAACUAGAGAGUGACAAGAGCUGUGUUUCCCUUUUUUCUAUCGAAGCAUUUUUUUUUUUUAACGGACACUACAACUCUGCCAGACGGGUCGCUGUCCGGGCUGUGUGGUGGGGCAGGGGCCCGUUCGCUGGGAGCUCGGCGGCACCCUAGGGAGAGCCCUGCAGGGCCUGGAAGGAUGCCCAGCCCGGACCACCCACCGCCGGGAGCCGCCUGCAGGUGUACCAGCGCCACCAAGCGCCCGUUCCCCGGGACACAUGUGCAGUCCGUAUGUGUGUGCGUGUGCAUAGAUAUGAGCGUGCGUAUAGACAUAUACGUACCUAUAUGACCAGAUGCAUAUUUAAAGAAUAAGGAGCUAUUUAUCAGCAUGAAUUUCCAUUCCUCUUAUCGGGUGUUUUCAUUUUGAAACCUCAUUAUUUAUUGUGGCAGGUUUUUUUUCAGGGAACUAGACUGCAAGAAUAUCUUUUUGGUGGCUUGCCCCCCCCCUCGCUGCCCCCCACUUUCCGCCCAGCCUCCGUUCCCCAUCCCAGCCCUUCCUCCCCGCACAGUUCCCGAGGAUGUUGCACUUUGAGACCCCUGCCUAUAGAGGAAAACAAAACAAAACAAAACCCUUGCAAUGGAAUUUUUUAUUUAAAAGGAAAAUACCAAAGUAUUGAUGAGAAAGAUCCCCUCCAGGGCCUGGAAAGGGGACUUUUGCUUUCGGUUUCAACUGGUUUCAACUCCAAGUCCUGGAUUCUGGCUGGUGGGCUUUCUUUGUCCGCACCCCUACGUCAACAGCAUGAAGCACCACCCCCUGCCUCGCUGACGCCUUGGGAGAACCCAGAAUUCCUGGAGCAGCCCCAGGAGAGCCAGGGCCAGAGGUGGGGGGUGGGGCAAGCAGCAAGAGUGAGGCAAAAAGCGGCAGAGGAAGAGGUACCAUCACAACCCAAGAGGAGCUGAUAUGACUGCAACCGAGAAGUUGUACCGAGGUGUCUGUCGAGUGGCUGGAGCAAGUUCUCGGUCAUCGCCCGCCAAAGCACUCUUCCGACCCGGAUCUUCUCCUUCAAGGACAACUGUGACCCACAAAGGCAGCCACCUACGGUGACGUGGGGGAAACAGAUGUGGCAGCGAAGCCCCUGGGAGCAACGGCACCUCGUCGCUGUCGCUGCGAUCACACCUGGCGCUCUCUCUCACGGGCGGGGAAGGCUGAGGAGGCCAGCCUCGCCAUGCCGGCUGAGCACCCCGUCUGCACGUGGGAGAGCUGGGCCUGGGCUCCCCAGACGGUUCCCUCGGGAGCCUCUCCUUGCAGUGUGGGCACGCCUCGUGCCAAGCCUCAGUUUCCCCGUGAACGUGCACUGACCAGAACAAGCAGAGGUCCCUUUACCUUCUGAGUUCACAUGUCUUGUGUUUUGCAGAGAGGCAGUUCGGGUGCAUGUGCCUACCACUUGAGCCUGGGGCUGAGCCACUGAGGGCCAGCCGCGAGCGGAGGGAGGCGGGAAGGAAUGGGAACCGCCGGUGUGGGUGGCCGGCAAGGCUGGCUCGCAGCACGCACCCUGUCCUAGGCCCACGGGCAGGGACUCGUCUCACCUCCACCCGCAUCCAUGAGCACCGAGGUCGCCAUUCCCACCGCUAACAGGAAUGGCGCGUCACCCCUGAGCGGGAGUAGUCAAAUCUCGGGCAAAGGAAUUUUGGUUAGAAAAGAAAAUCCCACUGAAAAUGCCAGCUACAGAUAACUUAAAGCCAUCCCUUUAUUCCAAAGGGCACAUUGAGAAUGUUACCCAUUUGUAAAUUGUUCCCUAAUGUCCUUGUUUAACCGACAAAAAAAGGGCAACUCAAUCUGUUGAGGGUCUGUGUGUUCUGAAACUAGAAAUAACAUUGGAAAUCUUUUCAUUCUC